AUAUAUUGAACCCUUGGUGUGCCUCUGGUGCUGCAGAACAUAUUGGCUGUGAGGCUAUGGUACAACACCUUCCCUUCCUCGGGUUAGGGUCGCCUCGUGCCCAACACAACUCAUACCCAAGAUAAUUCAUACCCAACACAACUCAUACCCAACACAACUCAUACCCAACACAACUCAUACCCAACACAACUCAUACCCAACACAACUCAUACCCAACACAAUUCAUACCCAACACAACUCAUACCCAACACAACUCAUACCCAACACAACUCAUACCCAAGAUAAUUCAUACCCAACUCACCAGAUAUCUCGUACCUAUCUCAUGCUUUGAUUUUUUGGAGAUGGAAGCACAGGCUUUAUGUAGUACUGCAGAAUACAAAGUAACCACAAUUAGACAAUGAAGGUGGCAUGUUGAUGACAACACUUCUCUAGAGGCAGGCUAGAAUGGUUGCUUAUAACAAUGUACACGAUCGGGUCAGAGUAGUGAUAGGAUGCUGCCAAAAGGAUAAUGAUGACAUCAGAAAUGAGGCUCACAAAUUUGCAGAAAUGUAUCCCAUGAUUAACAACCAGGUUUGGUGGAAAGAAAUUGAAGAUGGAUAAGCGACCUCGACCAGCAGGUGCAAGUAGUUCAGGAGCACCUAAAAAGCCUAAGGCAGAUGAGGACGACGAUAUGGAGUUUGACGACGAUUUUCCGGAUGACAUGGACUUUGGAGACAUGAAUUUGCAAGAUACAUGUAGUGAGGAGAUACAGGGUGUUGACUUCAAGGACGAUGACAACUCAGACAGUCUUUGGGGUCGGCCUCCUCUCUCUCCAUUGAAUCCUCGGGAAGAAUCCCUUACAUUCCAGCAGAUUGAGAUUGAUCAUUACAUUGGGAGUUCCAUUGAUGGAAUGCCUGGACAACAUGCUGGUAAAGUGCCAGUGAUGCGCAUGUAUGGAGUUAAUGAUGAUGGGAAUUCUAUAUGUUGCCACGUGCAUGGCUUCUCUCCUUACUUCUAUGUUACUUGUCCACUAACAUUUAAGGAGUCUCAUUUGGGAGAAUUCAAGAAUGUUCUCAAUCGUGUGAUUCUUGAUGACAUGAAGUCCAACAGGGAAAGUAUAUCAGAUGCUGUAUUAGCAGUAGAUAUAGUUAGCAAAGAGAGUAUAUAUGGCUUCCAUGGAAAUAAAAAAGUACCAUUCCUGCAAAUAACACUUGCUCUUCCAAGACUAAUUCCUGCAGCAAAGCGACUUCUUGGGGAGGGGAAGGUGUUUGUGAACGGUAUUGGAACUCCCGUAUAUGAAGCAUAUGAAUCAAAUAUUGAUUUUGAAAUCAGAUUUAUGGUGGAUACUCAUCUGGUGGGAUGUUGCUGGGUAGAACUCCCAGCCAAAACGUGGAGCAUCAGAAAAGAGAAACUUGACACUCGGUGUCAGCUUGAGGUGGAUGUAGCAUGGAAUAAGUUUGUGGUUCAUGAACCAGAGGGCGACUGGGCACGAGUGGCACCAUUCAGAAUCCUCUCAUUUGAUAUAGAAUGUGCUGGACGUAAAGGUGUGUUCCCUGAGUAUGAUAAAGAUCCAGUGAUUCAAAUUGGCAACAUGGUGAUACGUCAGGGUGAAGCUGAACCUUUUGUGCGCACCAUCUUCACCCUGAAGGAGUGCGCUCCCAUCGUGGGUUCCAAAGUCAAGUCUUUCUCCCAGGAGAAGGAAAUGUUGGAACAAUGGGCAAAGUUUAUGAGAGAUGUGGACGCAGACAUCAUUACCGGCUACAACAUUAACAACUUCGAUUUUCCUUAUUUACUAAAUAGGGCAAAACAUCUUAAAUCACCAGGGUUUUCAUACCUUGGCAGAAUUAAAAGCAAAAGAUCAGAAAUAAAGGACUCAGUGCUACAAAGUAAACAGAUGGGCAGACGUGAGAACAAGUCCAUCAACAUUGACGGACGCUGUCAGUUUGAUCUACUCUUGGUGCUGGUGCGAGACUACAAGCUGAGAUCUUAUACUUUAAAUGCUGUAUCAUAUCACUUCCUCCAAGAGCAAAAGGAAGACGUCCAUCAUUCCAUUAUUUCUGACCUGCAAAAUGGAAGCCCCCAGACACGCAGAAGAUUAGCAGUGUACUGCCUGAAAGAUGCUCUUCUUCCCUUGAGAUUGUUGGAUAAACUUAUGUGCAUCAUCAACUAUAUGGAGAUGUCUCGAGUCACAGGUGUUCCUUUGUCAUACCUUCUUACUCGUGGUCAACAAAUCAAGGUUAUUUCACAGCUGCUGAGAAAGGCUGUUGAACAAGAUUUGGUUCUGCCCGUUCACAAAAGUGGUGGAGAUGAUGAAUAUGAAGGAGCCACUGUGAUAGAACCUCGCAAAGGUUAUUAUGAUGUGCCAAUUGCAACUUUAGAUUUCUCCUCGCUGUACCCUUCUAUUAUGAUGGCUCACAACCUGUGCUACACUACAAAGCUGUCAGGACCUCAGAAGGCUCAAGAAUAUGGGCUUUCUCCAGAGGAAUUUAUCAAGACUCCUUCUGGAAAUUAUUUUGUUAAAGCAUCAAAACGCAGGGGCCUUCUGCCUGAAAUUCUUGAAUCACUUUUAGCAGCAAGAAAAAGGGCAAAAAAUGACCUUAAGAAUGAGACCGAUCCAUUGAGAAUGAAGGUGUUGGAUGGUCGUCAGUUGGCUCUGAAAAUGUCAGCCAACUCAGUGUAUGGCUUUACCGGUGCUCAAGUUGGCAAGUUACCAUGCUUGGAAAUUUCUCAGAGUGUGACUGCCUUUGGACGGACGAUGAUUGCCUUCACCAAGGAGCAAGUUGAGGAAAAGUACACUGUUGAAAAUGGUUAUGAACACAAGGCAGAGGUUAUAUAUGGAGAUACAGACUCAGUAAUGAUAAAGUUUGGUGUGAAAACUGUAGCAGAAGCAAUGGUACUUGGGAGGGAAGCAGCUGCAUAUGUGACGGAAAAAUUUGUCAAGCCUAUUAAACUAGAGUUUGAGAAGGUAUACUUCCCUUAUCUUCUAAUAAACAAAAAACGUUACGCUGGCCUCUACUUUACCAGACCAGAGAAGCACGACAAAAUGGAUUGCAAGGGUAUUGAGACAGUGAGGCGAGAUAAUUCCCCCAUUGUGGCCAAUCUUAUUAACACGUGUCUACAAAAGAUCCUUAUUGAAAGAGACCCUUCAGGAGCAGUUGAUUACGCCAAGCACACUAUAUCAGACUUGCUGUGCAAUAAGAUCGAUAUUUCACAGCUAGUCAUAACAAAAGAAUUAACUAAAACUGAGAAGGAAUAUACAGCUAAGCAAGCUCAUGUAGUACUCGCCAAUAAAAUGAGAAAGCGGGACCCAGGCACUGCCCCUAAACUCGGGGACAGGGUUCCCUUCGUCAUCGUUGCAGGGGCGAAGGGCACGCCCGCUUACGAAAAAGCUGAGGACCCCAUUUAUGUGCUGGAAAAUAGUCUGCCUAUUGACUAUGAAUACUACCUCACAAACCAACUCAGCAAACCUCUGUUGAGAAUAUUUGAACCUAUCCUUGGAGAUAAGGCUGAAUCUCAAUUGCUUAAGGGUGACCACACACGAUCAAGAAUCAUCACACACAGCAAAGUUGGAGCAAUGGCAAAAUUCAUCACCAAAAAAACAUCAUGUGUUGGUUGCAAAGUUGCUAUUGACUCAGCAUCUGAGGCACUGUGUAAACACUGCAAGCUUCGUGAAAGUGAAGUGUACAUGCAGCAGAUGACAGUGUUGUGUACCCUAGAGGAGAAGUUCUCAAGGUUGUGGACCCAAUGCCAACGCUGCCAAGGAUCCAUCCAUGAAGAAGUUAUCUGCACUAGUCGAGACUGCCCAAUUUUCUACAUGAGGAAGAAAGUACAAAUAGAACUGGUUGACCAAGAUAAACUUCUUCAGAGGUUUGGGGCUCCAGCUUGGAAAUAGGAGGCCUUAGAAAAUUAGUAAUUGACAGUGGCAAAAAUUUUAUUAUUUGUAGAAUAUCCUUUCUACACACUUGUGUUCAGAUGGCCUGUUUAUGUGUUGAGGAAAUUUAUGAAUGUUUCAACUACUUUAGGAAAUACUAUAACAGAAGUGUGUUUUUACUUACUUUAUUUACUCUUAUGCAGCUACUUAAGUUUAAGCACUGUAAAGUGUUUUCACUUGUUUCUUUUUCAUAAUAUCACUGACUUACUUGUACUUAGCCAUCUGCCACUGGGGACUCAUUAUUGUUAGUAUAUUAGGCAGGGAGAAAUGUAGAGAGAAAUCUGACUAAUUAAAUUUAUUAAAAAAAAAUGUGAUAUGAA